AUGAUUCACCAACGGGUUGAUGAACCGGGGAAUGCUGCGCUCCUGCGCCAUGGUCUCCUUGGUUGUUCGCCCAUCCAACCAAUGGUUGCAAUAUGCCUUGAGUGUUUAGAGCUCUACCAUCAAAUUCGCCGGCACCAGUCCUUAUUCAGCAUCCAGUCCAUCACCAGAGUUUUGUGUACACUUCACAACGUAACAUAUAGCCCUACAUUUCGGAGUCAGUUUGCUAUAGCGUUUGACAUCUAUGUUCAAAUUCAGUGUUCUAUUCAACAACACAUCAACAACAGACUUCAUAGGAAUCCAGCGGACUGGCACAUGAAUGGAGUAUGUCCAUGCUGUGCAUUCGAGCAAUUCAGGGAUGACAUUGAGAACCGCCCCGGUGAACAAGGCGCUAACACGAAUCCCGCUAACACGAUGGGAACGCGAAGCGCGGGAAAGCGCACGCGCAUCUCUGUUUUCGAGCAAACCGCUGUAAGUAAUUGUGUAUUCGGGUCAUUUUUGAAUUUAACAAAACAUCACGUCAGUGCGAAGUAUGGCCUUGCUGCAAUCAAUCACAUGCUUGAUGUCUGUGGGAAAGACCAAGCUCUUGGCCAUGACAUCGGCUGUUCAUCACGCAAAACAUCAACAUUCCAUGGGUAUGCUCACAACCGCCCAUGUCAACUCAAAAAUCAUCCAUUAUAUCUGGACGGCUUUGGAAUUGAGGACUUAGAGACCUGCGAACAGAUUUUCUCAAGUUCCAACAGCACUGCUUCGCUCAUCUGCCAUGCAUCGUAUUUCCAUUGGGUCCAAUUCCUCGACCUUCACUUUGACCAGUGGGAUGAGGACAAGUACCUGGAGCUAAGUCAUUUCCUGCAUAAUAACUAUAUUCAAGCACUUCGUAUGAUCAGUGAUUUCACCCCACUACUGAACGACUUCAAAUUACGCCAAUCAUUAACAGAUGAAGACUUCAUUCAAUGGAAGCAUGAGGAAUCAAUGUUCCUCGCUAACCUUGCCCGUGAGCCGCCAGCUGACAUGUUUGCGGCUACAUAUGUGGAAGAACUUGAAAAACUCCAAUCUAUUGAGGCACGGUAUGGCAGCAUUACGAGUGUCCCUUUCCUUAUGUACACCCCGGCAAACUUCACAGCAUCAUCUGGCCUCAAUGCAUCAACACGGGAACAUUCUAAGGCCACAGAAGCCGAGCGGACCUCGACAUUACGACGACUUCAAUUGCAAAUGAACGUUGUUGAAGACUUCGAGUGUCGUCAUGGAAUCAGUGAGCAUUGGAUGCCGUCAGACCCUCGUUAUGUGCAAGCACUAGAAUACUCUGGUCAAUGGCGCUUCAUUCGUGUAGUUGAGGAACUAGAAGCAUUAGUUGUUCAACACUUGUUUGAGUUGUCGAAGGCAAAUCUUUCUGGCACAGGGUACAAGAUGUGCAAGUACAUAUCAAAAGCAAUUGUGCGACGAUCUUCUGCAAUUCGUACGGCACUCGACAGAUACAACAAGCUGGCACCUCUGCAAAUCCCACCUCGACCAAUCCUCGAGUAUGCUGAGGUUGUAGGGUAUGCAGCCUUAGGAGAAUUCAUGCUCCUGAAGCAUUCACGUCAUGAUCUACUUAUGAAACCAUGGGCUAUACCGGAGAAUCGUGAGAUGGCAGCUAAGUUUUUUAAACUGCUACGCUCGCACGAAGAGAUCAUGCGGUUGAAUGUUGAGAUAGGCAGACUUCACGCUUGGAUGGAGUUCGAGGAGAAAAGCAUGGCCUCUGCAAUAGUUGCACUGAACAAUGAACCCUCACCCCUCCUAGCGUCUGAGUUGCAGAGGCAAUAUGCUGCACAGCGCCGUGUUAACAAUAUUCACCGUACUCGUUUACAUAAAAUUUGUCUGUUGGAUGGCUAUACUGGUGCGCUGCAUUCAACACUUUUAUCGCAGGAAUCGACAGAGCUGGAAGAGGAGGAAGAGGAAGAGGGAUAUAGCGAUGAGGUGCAUGAAGAGGCUACAAGACUCGCAGAUGUUAUGGCUCGUAUCGUAGUGUAG